AUGCUCGAGGCCCACGUUGCGGAGUUGCUGGCGACUCACCUGAGCCGCUUUAUCAAAAACGUCAGCGCAGACCAGCUGCAGAUUUCGCUGUGGUCUGGCAACGUAGUACUGAAUGAUGUGCAACUCUGCAGCGACGUUCUCGAGCGCAUUACAGCACUUUUGCACUGCGAACACAGUGGCAACCUGACCGAUGACGCAGGGGUGUCCUUGCCAACUUCAGCCGAUACAUCUAGCGGCGCAUCUGAGUUCCACGAGGGCGGCUCGUCGAACCCCACUCUCUCCAUGCGUAUGCUACUUGCCCCCUUCACGGUCGUGAAAGGCAUUAUUCGGAAGCUGGCGAUCACCGUACCAUGGUCCUCUCUGGAGAGUGAGCCGGUGCGGGUACACGUCGUGGGGGUGGAGCUCGUCCUUGGUCCUCUGCGUGCGCGUCCUUUCAAUGCCCGCGAGGAGAAAGAGCGGGGGCAGGCAAUCAAGCAACAGCAGCUUAAGCGAUACGAAAAGGAGCGUCAUCGGCUUUCGCGAGAAGUGGCCACGGAAACGGCAAAUCCGACAUCCUCAAUGAAGACAGUGAGCACGAAAGCAGUGCAUGUGGGACGAGGCGCAGAGCUUUCCCUCGCAGGCACGAACGUCGCAUCUGGCGCGUCAUGGUUUAGCUGGCUGUGGAAUUUUGACCGCAUGAGCCACAUCGCCCUGCGCAACGUACGGGUGACACUGGAGGACAUUUCAAUGCGUUAUGAGCUCGACUACGAGGGUCUGCAUCCUGCCUGCGCGUCUGCGCUCUGCGUCUUUGUCAGGCAGGUGCAACUCACUACGACGGAUGAGAAGUUCAAGGACGCAUUCAACAAGGACCUUCUCGCGCCGCUGUGCAAGAGAAUUCUGCUGUCAGGGGUGGUGGUCAGCACGCACGCCAUCCGACAGAGUCUCUGCAGUGCAACCAGUAGCACAGGAGAGGGGGGAGAUGCACCUACGCCCACUGCGGCAGGUGAGCUAGCGGGAUGCUCAGCUGCGUACGAUAGGUACGCGUCGCGCUGGGCGCAUUCCACCGCAAUACUGCGAGUCCAGACACUCCAGUUGCAGGCAAAAUUAGUACCGCCGAGGUGUGCCUCCAGGAGCUCGAUUGUAGAGGAAGCGCCGAUACUCUCAGCGAGCUCCAUUGAACUCACAGUGGCAACUGUUAGCGGCGUUGAAGUCGACUGGUGCUUUGGUCUCGUGCAGGUGUUCGAGUUCAUGUGGCGCAGCUAUCACCAGAGCCUGCCGUGUGCGCGAUAUCGAAUGCAUCUGCAUCUACUGCGACCCACCAGGGGACACGCAACCCGCGCUCCUCUUUUCGAUCAGGCGUCAGAGCCGAGCUAUACAAGCCUCCCACAAGACACUGUGAACGCCUCGCGACCGUCGGCACAGCAGAGGUGGAGGUUUGCACUGCGGUGCAUUCGAGACGAUGUGCGGCUGCCGUGGCAGACCUUCGGCUUGCAGGACCGGAGGCAAUGCAAGGUAGUGGAGGCGAUGGUGCAAUUCGGGCAGCUACGGAGAGACUACAGUGCGUACUGGAAGCGCAGACAGGGCAUUGCCUGGGCCCCCGCCUUGAGUGCAGUGGAGGACAAGAAGUUGGAGUCAAUGGAGCGGCAGCUGUCGUUGUGGCAGGUUAUUUUUCUGCGGUGCCUUUCUAAUGCCCAGCUGAUUUUAGAGCGAGAGGGCUACGCACGACAGAAGGCCUACGUUGAAGAGGUUCGCCAUCGCACUCAAAGGGGCCUACUCGGCUCCAGCAGGGAAGCUGGUGAGGUUGAGGGUGACCGACCCACAUCGUUCCUGUGGGGUUGGCUUUUUGGUAGGUCGACACCCGUCGUCGAGGAUGACGACGCAGCGCUGUGCCGCACGCCGUUGUUACCCAUCACGUCUCGCUACGAUAUGUGUGCGGCGUCUGUGUCUAUGCAUGGGCUCCCCUCUUUGGGCGACUUGGUGGCGCGGGAGUGGGAUCUUGGGCGCCGCUACACCUCCCAGCACCACGCCCCAUUGCUGCAGCUAGGAGCACCACAACACUGUCUGUCCGAGUUGGCAACGGAGAAUAAGUUGUACUUCACGUUACACGUGCUUUUGUCGAAGCUUAUCGUCCGCCUCGAUCCUACCUAUUGGCCUCUGAUCGCCGAUAGCAGUGUGCCCGCCACGCCAUCUGCCACCCCGCUGCAGCGUGUUGAGCAGCGUCUUGUCGUCCAGCUGCGCGCGGUUGAGCUGUUUUACACCACCAUCUCGGACGAUCGUUCAGACAGGGCGUCGCUGUCUUUCUUCAUUGGCUCUGCGUCGAUUGUCUUUGAGGGCGUCUUGCGCUCAGUCCUUUUGGAGUCGAAGGAGCAGUUCAAGGAGGACUGCUUGGUGGUGAAGCGCAAUGCACAGCGCACCCACAUCAGCGUUUGGGUGGCUCCCCAGCUGGUGAUUUGUCAGCCUAUGCACGAGUGGGCCUGGUGGUAUGCUGAGGUAUCCGCCUUUGCGCAGUGGUUUCGAGCGGUGCAGCAGGCGUCCUACGUCAGUCGAAACACGAAGGGGUUUCCUUUCGCAGUAUCUCCAUUUACGAAGGGCUCAGGAAGUGAUGUGCACGACGCUGCCUGUGCUGCUGCUCGGACGACGGCAUCGGCCUCGGGCACGUCGAGCCCUCGUUGCAACCCCUCACACACAACUGCGGCGACGACGCCGUCACGUGCGCCGUUGGCGCCACUCAUGGUUAACGUGAUCCUCCAGUCCCUUGACGUUUGCGUUCCUCUUUUUGCGCAUGACAUCGAGAGCUCUGACUUGGAAAUACUCGUUCAUAAACCAUCGGCCUUCUCAUCAGGUAGGCUAGCGGGGCCGCGGCAAGCGUCAACACCUCACCAUAGCAGCUCGACCGGUGGCAAGUGGCACUGGGGCUCAUCCACUGACAUCGCAUCCGCAGGGAGCCACGUGAGUGAGGGGAAGCCACACGGCGAGGCAAACGUGCCAGGCGACGGAGACGCACCCCUUGCCCCGCUACUUCGCACAAAAGACGGUAUUCAGCGCUUUUCGGUCGAAAGCUGCACUGACAAAGAGGAAUACGCUGACUCGUUGUACUCUUCACAUAACGCAAGUGUGGGUUCCUUCGCAAGCGUCAAGCCAGAGCGCUGCUUCCUGAAGGGCGAGGCCUGUCUGGUGCUCUCAGUGUCUACCACGCGGCUGUGGACCGCCGCACCUCCGACAAAGCGGUAUAAUGGGGUUGAGAACGAGUACUACCUUUGCAUCGGCGACCACAGCAAGGCGGUUCGCUUGUUUUGCCAAAACGGCUACCACGCCCACAUGCUCACCUCCAGCUGGCAACGCGAGCUGCUUUCUUUUGUGGCAGGUGAGGUACUACUCAAUCCCAAGGAGCUCACAGUGUUGUUCAACAAGGGCAUCGACGGUGUCGCUGAUCCCGCUGUGUUUGCGUAUGUGAGCGAUGCGCUGCUAAAGCCAAAGGUUUUUGCUGCCAUCGACGCGAGUGGGCAGGUGGUACGCGCGCUGACUGCCGAGCUCCAGCAGGCAGAACGCAGGCGGUCCGGCACGCGAGGCGCUGCAGUUCCCUGGCGGUUGACAACCUCGACGUGUGUAGAGGUGCGGGCAGACUGCGACUCGGCACUCGUGCUGCGGGAAGUGCCACUCGACUGCGCACGGCACAUCAUAUCAGCUCUUUCUGCGACAUUUUCCAUGGUGCCGAAUUUGCUGACCAUGAUGGACCACGCAACUCCAAGCGACGAGGCCGCUACUGGCGUUUUAGGUGGACGGAUUGUUACCGUCGGCAUGGGCGUGGCGCGUCUUCUCAUUCGCUCUGAGGCGAAUGUGGAUCUCGCCGAGUUGGUGUUGGUGGCUCCCGAGCACGCGUCAUCUGCCACUGCACCAUACUGCGGGGCGUUCGCUGUGCUUGGGGCAGCGGAACCGCACGCGAUGGAGCUGAUCUGUAACUUUACCGGCAGCCCAUUGGAUGCUGUGGAGGAAAACGGCUACCACCAACUGCUGUUCUGCCCGCCGAGUGGAAAGGUUCGCCAUGGGUUUCUUCUUUCUAUCCCGGACAUAACAAUGACCACGACCGCAGGGCGUAAGCUGCUCACUGUUGAGAACCUGACGGCUAUGCAGACCUGCGCGACAUCCGGGAGGCCCGAGAUGUCGCUCACGAUCCAAACCGUGUCAGUGUUCUGCGACGCUGUGCUGGUGGAGCUGCUGGAGGUAUUCGUAAGCACGGUGCGCACCAUGCGGCCUAUGACGCUGCCACCGGAGCUGGCAGCCAAUGAUCUGACAGCGGCGUCGCACAGCACGUUCGCGCAUUCAGAGAGGCCGCCAAGCUUCUUACUGGAUGUUCACCCGAUCAGUGUGCGCGUGCAAACAGCCCGAUUUCAGAUUCCUCUGAGCAGAGGCGUCGUCGUGGAUGCGCCGUACGUGGAGGUGACUGCCAGUAUAGGGGACCUUCUCUGCACCCUUGACCACUUGACAGGCGACACCGCCCGGGGUGGGCAACAUGUGCAUAUCGAGUUCAGCGUCUCGGAGGCGAUGCAGCUCGCUGACUACAUUGGCGGGGACCCCGAAGUGCGUAGUUUAAUUUCGACAUCCCCACGGAGUACCUGCAGUGGUGAGGACACUGCACAUGCAUUAGGGUGUGUGGUUGACCUCAUGCUUCCCGUCUCAUGCGUUGCAGGCGCCAACACAGCUACAUCCACGCGAACCGAGGUGCAGCCGUCCAUGACCUGUCGCGUCGCGAUGGUGGGCGGUGCGCUCCACGUGUACUGCCCGUUCCUCUACCUCUAUGCGGCCGCUGUGCAAACGGAUGAGCGAAUUGUGCGUCUCGGCGAGUUGGCUCGAUCACCGCUGUUGCGCCGCGGGUACACCUAUGGGCCGUGCUUUGCUGAUUGCACCCGUGGUGCCAGUGUCGUCGGCGGCGCUCAUGUAUCCCCGGCGGCGGCGGCACCGUUGUCACUCACGGUGGAGGUCACCAUAUCGGAUCUGGAUGUUCUUCUCGCCACAGAUGCCGCCGUGCCGAUUGACAUGACUAAACCAGAGACCUUCUCCCUGGCCCACGUUAAGCAGAUUGUGUGCGGCCUGCAACAGACGUUGUCAGAGUCGCCUGGUGCGUCAACCACACUGAAGACACGGACGCACACCUUUGUCGACAUAACUGGCAUGCAGUUGCUUGGCUUGCUGUCUGCCUCUUCGCAUGAUGUAUGUCUUCCGAAUGUGAAAAUGCGUGCCGAGAUGGGCGUGCUGCUUGUACCGAAGGACGACCUUACGGGCUACGCGUAUCAGAGCGCCGCUCCUGCUGAUUGGGCUUUGCUGGUGGAGGUGCACCCCGCCGCCGUGCCGCAUGCACGCCACGGGGCGUUAAUGCACGCUGCAGCGAGUAGCACGGCGAACCCGUUCUCUAAUGUGACGAUCCACCUGACCGCGCAGCAAUGCUACAACCUUGCCAGCUUCUUUCUGUGUAACGUGGUCCAGCCCCCUAUCCCUACAGCCAAGCAUACACCGAUAGGUGGUGGUGGGGGUCUGCAGCAUGAACUGGGGGUCCAACCAGCCGUCAACCUUCACAUGGGAGGGCACAGCUCACUUUCGUCGUCAGACCACGAUGCAAAAGCGUCAUCGCACGAACGAACAACUCCGUCGUCGGCGGUGACGGUGCUUCUCACCAUUCCCGAGGUGUUUAUCAUGAUCGACGCAGGUGACUGCGUCAGGCCCGACAAGAGCGUGUACCAGCCAACGGUGCGGCCAUCAGCCGAGGAGGGUGAAUGCGAAUCAAGCGCUCCUGCGGCACCUCCGCCACCACUGCCGUCAACGGGCCGCGUCAGCUACGAGGUUGCGCUGCGUCGCGGAGCUCAAUUGUACUCCGCUGCCGGCAGGCAGUGGUCUAGACUGCCGGUGAAGAACGGGCAGUUGGGUGGCCUGGAACUGGUGGCGAGAGAGGAGGUGCUGGAUAGCCCAGCUGGACAUGCGAAUGCGACGGGGAGAGUGAGGCGACACCUGCUUCUGACAAUUGAGGCGGCGAGUGUGGCGCUACUCGAACAGCUCGCUGGGCGAGCAUCGAGCAAGGCAGACGAUGAUGCCGCUGCCAUCAAGGUCGCUGCGGCGGUACAGCACCUCCACUUAAGCGUGCCGCACAUCAAGUGGUGGUUGCAGCUGUACAGCAUGUUUGCCGGCUGCAGUAGGCAAAGCUCCGCGGGACGCACGCCACACCCCAGCGGAAGUGUUGGCUAUGCCCCAAGUUUCGGGGAUGCAGACCAGAAUGAAGGCGUCAGUGGACAAGGCAGCAACUUCUCCGGCAGGCAUUGUGGGGUGUGCCGAGGUGGGUACGUUGGCGGAGACAAGACUGCUUGGUCGAAGUGUCAGGGGCAUCAGGCGUCCCGGCAGUGUACGUCACGCCAGCUUCACGGAGCGGUCGAGGUCUUACACGCGCAGGCCAGUUUUUUUUCUGUUAGCCACACCAACGGUGAUCAACGGCCCUGGUGCCGACUCACUGUGCCAAAGGCCAGACUGAGAGCGUCGCCUCUGCGGGUUCUGCAGGACGGUGGCCGUGCACACAUGAAGGAGGCAGAGUGCAUUCGUCGCGAGUUUAUUUUCGAGGUUCCCCAGUGCCCAGAGUUACUACUCUUGCAUGUCUCAGGGGAAUCUGUUGGCACCGCUGGGCUGCAGCCACAGGGGUUGCCCGGGUUCAGCUAUGUCUCCGUGCUUCGUCUGCAGCCCGUGGAAGCUCUCUCCACAGCGUCUGCCGUUCUGCACGAGCGGAGUAGUUUCUGGAGGCAGGCUGCCGCGGAGAAGGGGAGGACUGCUUCGCCAUCUCCACCGCUGUUAUCGGGGCACAGUAGCGAGGCCUGCCUCUCUGUUCGCCUUUUGUGCGCUCCGAAUGCCGGCAGUUUGGGAUCGUUUCGCUACGGGCGCCGUUACCAUGUAACGGAUCUUACGUUGCACCGCACGCCUGCGCUGCAGGUGCGACUCCAACACGUACGUCUCGAGAUCCCCGCCGUCCCUCUUUUCUCUCUUGUGCGCGAGGUAGUGCGGCAGCUGCAGGAGGCGCAAUCUAUUGAGGAGUUGAAACCGCUUACCCCAGCUUCGCCGUGCCAUGGCAGAGAGGCAGAGUCGCUGGCGCGUACAUACAUGGGUAUUGAGGCAGAGCUUACAGAUGCAGAGGUGCGGCUCUCUGCAGAGUCUUCAGCUCUUGGCGAGCUCACGGGAAAUUGCUGUCCUGCCAGUGGCCCCGUUUGCUGGAGCGUGAGCGUCAGCUCAGCUCGUCUGACGACGAGUCAGCAGCUCCGUAGCGUUCUCACGAGCACCCGAAAGGCUGCCACGCUCAUUGGUGACGAGCCAAGUGGUGGGUGGGGAGUGCAGAUAUGGCACAUGAUACCGGAGGUGUUGUUUCAGGGUGUGGUCCUCUCUACGAGCAGCGACACGCAGGUGCAGUGGGCGCUUCCGGAUGUACGCACAACAGUGUCGCUUCCUCUGAUGCACAGGAUCAUCUGCGUGCGUGCCAAACGAACCACUGGCGCGGACGACGAGCUCGACCUCUUAUCCUCGUUUGACGACUCCCCACUGCAGUUGCGGCAUCCCAGCACCACGAACCUUUUCCAGGUGGAGCCAGCAGUGGCGAUGGCGUUCAACCAACUGAACUAUCACGUUUUGGCGAGUCUCGUCGUCCAUGUGGGUGCCGAGAGUGAUGACGCUGCUGGCAAGACGCCUGGGUUCCAGGCUCCCGUGGAGGUUAGUCUGCCCACCAUUUUCACGCUGGCAUCAGCCGCAGCGCAACUGAUCGCGUUGUGGCGACGGACUGAGGAAAGAUGCAAAUCCAGUGGUGGGGCUGCAGUGGACGCAUGUGCAGGAGGCAUUCACGCCGGCUGGUGGUGUCGCAAUGCACGGCGGCUUAGUGGGCCAAGCAUCUGGUGGGAAUGCCAGCUGAGCUUCUCUGGGCGUCGUGUGGAGGUGAUGUUAGGCCCGAAAUCCGCCCCUUUUGGCGACAAGGCCACCGUGGCGCAGAAGAGAGACUGUGUCAUGUGCGUCUCUGUGGACGGUGUCAUUACAUUGCAGCUGGACAAAGAGGUCAGCGAGGAGGCAGGGGAACAGGCGACCGUCUUCGACAUUGCAGAUGAUGAUGCUAGCGAAGAAUACAUUGGAGAGUGGUAUGGGUGCGUUGAAGACGAGAGUGCGGAGGUUGCAGCGAGGCAUACGCUCUUACGGCUUCGGACGGGGCCGCUGCAUGUCUACGACGGCGCCAACAACCUUCUACUGCAUGUUUCUGAGGUUGCCCAGAGCGGUAUGACGGACGCGCUGGUGGCUGACUACGCCCCUGCUGAGGCGCGGAUGGGGGUCAUUGUGGGGCAAGUUGUGGUGCACGCCAGCUCGAUCACGGCAGCUUCACUGGUCUGUUGGUGGAGGGCAUACCAGGCCUUGGUGCAGACAUGGACAAGGAGCCCUGCCUUCACGGCACUAUCUGCGGUUCGCCCGCACGGGAAGAGCGAGUCAGAGCUGACGAUGGCCAUCGAAGAUGGACGCCCACCGAGUUGGUUGCAGGACAUUCAUGUGGAGGUUCACCACGCCGAGUUGCUGCUUGCUCCUGCAGCCCAUGUGUGCGCACGUCGAACGGACAUUGUGUUCUCUCCAGUUGAGGCGGAGGGAGUCUCUGGCAGGGCAGAGGUGCUGAAGCUGCUCUGUGAAGAGGUAUGUGUCUGCUCGAUGCUACCGCAACCCGGGGCUGCCUACAACAGAAACCCCAUGGUGUUGGCUCGUACAGCGUCGCCGACGUUAGUGGUCACGAGCGCGCCACAGCAGCGUCUCUUACUGCAGUACCGUACGCCGUUGGUGUCGAUCAUGAACAGCAACGGCCACAGCUGGGCCAUGUGCGUUCACCAGGUCGUAAAGGUGGCGACGGCUACAUUGACUGCCGUGGCUGCUGGCGCAGACAUCGCUCCUUUUCAAGAGUUGACGAGCAACCCAUCAGCGGGAGGUCCUGUGCCGUUCUGGGUAACGUGGAUUCCCUGUGCAGAGAUCGAGGUCCACAAGGCAGAGUUUCUGUGCAUCGCACCCAACAGUAAGCGUACUUGUUUUGCUGUACCGGCGGUGUGCUUCGUGGCACGGGAAGCGGCUUUGCGCUACGUGAACUCGGCACGUUUGAUCGACUCGAGCAGUGUUGGCACAACGACCGGCAUACGGCUGGAGUUGUCUGCAGUGAUUUCGGCAACGUAUAACAGCGGCAGCUCGGCAGACAUGAAAGCGCAUCCCUUGCUCGACGACGUUAUGACGACCUUUGUGCUCUCUGCCUCCUCACAGUCAGCGGCGGACCCGGUCGAGGUGACACUGUCGGUCGACGCCGCAACACAGCAGAAUGCUGUAUGCCUUCACGUCCCCACGGGUAGUGCGUUGGAGUGCACGGUGGCAGCGCUCUGGCUACUUGCACGAGGGCAGGCUUCACGCGGAUACGCGCAGACAAGAGCGAAGAAAAAGAGUCCUGCGUCUGGCGACGAGUUUAGAAGCGGAAUGGGGACAAUCUGGCAUGUGCGAGCAGACGUUCCGCGCGUGCUGCUGCACUGCACCGUGGAGGAGGGGGUCUUCCCCUUCUCUGCGCAGACGCUGUUGCCUCUUUGCUCGAUCCACGUGGAUGACAUACACGUUGAAUGGCGCACUCGGCGUGGCGAUGAGAAGGGCAGUGAUCGACGGCCGUACGUGAAGGUGUGGGUGACUAGCAUCGUGGGCGAAACAGCCAUCACAGACGCUACAAGUGCACUGAACGAGCUUGUCAUGGGGAUGCCAUCGACGUUCUUGACACUGCGUCCGUUGGAGGAGGCGACUAGUAAUUGCUCUCCCCGUACAGCGUUCGCCACUGGUGGAGCUACCAGCAGCUCCAGCAGCAGCAGCAGUAGCGCGGGUUUUUCUGUGGUACAGCGAUCCCUCUCACUUUCAAGCGGGGGUGAGGAGCAUAACCGAGCAGCGCAGUACUUCGAUGCCGAUGAUGCGACAGCUCUCGUGGUUCGUCUUCACAUGCUGCAUGCACACCCAUCUAUGGUGCUUCUCAAGGUGCUGAUGGAGCGUGUACUACAUCCCUGUGUGACAGGUAUUUCCAUAGCGAGCGCAGACGCAUCUGCGGCCCACAGACUUGACGGGUUGACCCAUACUGUGGUGCGCGUUGAUUCUGCUGCUGCGGUGCUGCCGGCAUCAGAGGCGCUAAAUCACCACGAUGGACGGGUGCAGGUGGUCGAAGUGGUGACAGACUGGCACCUCUACAAUGACGUGCGUCUCGGCGGAGAGGGUGGCUUCCAGCUAUACUUCCGUAGCACUGCUGGGCGGAGCGUGAUCACAGUGCGCGGUGGCGCAGCUGGUGAUAACAAGGCUCAAGGCAGCAUGGUCACCAUCUUUCUCUCUUUAUUAGUGUGCGCGAACGGAGAAGUCUGCCCUGCCAUACGUGUGGACCCAGACUUGACUGUGCGCUUCGAGAAUGUUCGGGUUGUAGUCGGCGAGGAGACGGAUUCCGUGAGUCAAGACGCAGGUGUAUUUGAAGCCUUUGUGGAACUUGGCGAGCGAUCUCUGUGCCUUCUGCCCCCUCCAUUUGUAAGCGCGAGUGCGCCGCUCGCGACGGUUGCAACGGAGGCGCAGACGGAGGAGGAAGCGGCAAGCGACACCGCGAAUAAUACCCCUGUGCCAAACGUGACCACGGCCUUGCCGUGGGCGGUGUCUGUGAUGUUCUCCGUCGACGCUGCUGUUGACUUCGACGUGUCCCUCACGGCUGGUGCGCGACGCCUUGCAGCGAUGGGUGUGGCAAAGGCACGGUACCGUUUUGAGGAGAAGCGAUAUCCGGGGCGCACACUGCGCCGCGAGCAUGAGAGCGAGUGCACCAUCUCUUUGCACACGUGCGUCUCUGAAAGCGGCCCCUUGACGGUCACCCCUGUUGCUGCCACAGCCCAGCUGAGUUUCACGGCAGAGGAGAACCGCCUACGGGUCGUGCUAAACUGUGGCUCGACACAGUGGCGGCUGCCGCUCGGACACGCACAGGUGUUGAUUGAGCUGGGCAGGGUGGCGUACCAGGCGCUCUACCAGAUCCCUUUGCCUUCGCCAACACAAGGGCCAUGGCAUCCUCGAGCUCCAGGUGGCACGUUGGUGCACGGGCCCACACGGCAUGCCACCCCGUUGGAUGUGACGGCUACGGUCCCGUUGUGGGCGUUCACGCUGACCAGUGACACCGGCAGAGCAUUGGCGGAGCUCCUCGUCGAGCAGGUUUGCGUGCAGUGCGCCGCGGACAUCGACGCCGCCGACGUUGCGCUGACAGCGGAGGCGACCGUGUCCCUACGAGACUGUAUCGAGUUCCAUGGUGAAUCCGGCGGACACCAGGAUGCGACCGCCCUCCACACUACGGAGGACCCGAGCGUGAGGUCAGCGACAGCUGCGAUGGCAGCGCGUGUACUUUUUCGUGCCCAACCCCACGUGUCCCUCUCCUUCACUCGCUUCUCCCCCGGCAGUCGCUCUUUGUCUGUUUCCGUUGACGUCGACGAUGUCAUUGCGACGCUGCCUCUGACUACCGCCGCGCGGCUUCUGCGGGAAUCUACUCGAGAAAUGGACGAUGGUAGGCGUGUCUUCUGGAACGAUAGUGGCGUCGAGAUGGAAGUCGCGGAGUCGAUACCGCAUACGGCAGAAUUUUGCAGCAGCGCCACGCGGUGGCACCUGGCUGCGGCCCCUGAACCGCUGGUACGCACGGACAUUCCUGUCUCUUGUGCUGUGCUAAUGUUGACACCGGUCUCAACCCCAGUCUACGCCGUCUCCUCUACUCUCGGUCGGAAGGAUGGCGAAGGUAGCGGCGGCGUUGCUGUGCACGUAGAAGCCUUGGACGAUGGCGCUGUGUGCCGAGUAUCGCUUCCCGGCUACACUUCUGCGCUGGGAGCCUUAGACCUGGUUGUGCGGAAGAGUGUCCGUGAUGGACUGGAGACAGUGCACUUGACAAGCUCGGUCGUGCUUGCAAACGUGUUCUACGCCGGCACCUCGGAUGGGAGUGGUGUGGCGUCAGUAGCAGCGGGCAUCGUUAGCGUGACUACAGAGAGUGCCCGACUAGUUGUGCCGCCGCGUUCAGCGCGAUACGUCCCCCUACCUGUUCUUCAGGAAUGUCUGACGCUGGAGCUGGACGGCUGCGCGUACGCGCCAGUCGCGAAGAUGCUGACAUGGGCGAUGAUGGCGGAUGCGAUGGCGGCGUUGGCUGAUGAGUUAGCCAGCAGUAACGGCGGAAGCAGCGACGGAUCAGGAAGCGGUGGUGGCGUGUCGCGGAGGAGCGAGGCGACUGCUAGCCUGAUGCUCUACGGCAACAUGAAUGCUCACGAAAGGGGCACCGCCGACAACAGCAACGGGCACAGCAAAACGUUGCGUGCUCCUGCGCUUUGUGAUCGUGUGCGAGCGCUAGAUGCGUUCACACUGACUUUUCCGAUGCUUCUUUCCCCAGCGAGUCCGACUCCGGGGAAGUCGCUCUGCGGUGAGAGCACCGGCGGCAGCGAUAACGGUGUCACGUUCGCCGAAGCAUCUGGACCCGAGUCGAAGGUUUCCGCAUCACACAUCGAGAAAGCCACCGGGGCAGGGCGAGUCGUGCAACUGACAUGGCGGCGCCGUUGCUCUCGCCAGGCCGUGCCACUCUUUACUGGGCGGCUCUCGCCUAGUGAGUACACGGUCUCCGUGGAGCCUGUGUGGACACUGUGGAACUGGAGUGGGUGCCGACUACGCCUUCGACUGCGAAUAUCUCGCGAGGAAGUGGUUAACUCGCCAGUAAAGGCGCCCCAUACCACGUCGUCUGCGCCAUCACCCCUGCUUGCAAGCAGUAGCAGCGAUGUCGUGGCCACGGCAGAGGUGGAAAAUGGUGCGUGUUUUCAGUGGACGCCAUCGACGCUGGAUGUUCUGCAGGGCACGGUGUUCACCUUCUUUCAACUUCUGGCGCCUUCGCUCGCCGGCGACUCCGCUACUCUGCCGAGCUUGUCUCCCCUCGCGCAGUGGUGGUCAUUCGCCGCGCCGCUCUCGUUGCAGGAGCCGCCACCAUCGUAUAUACGGCUGGUGCAGGAGAGUGGUGUGACUCGCGGCGCGGUUCGCAUCGAGCAGUGGGGUCUGUCAACUAUCGCUGUGCGGUGCGCGGCGCUGCUCCGCUCGGCGUUGACACGACCAGUAUACCUCCGGGAUGCCGAGCAGCCUCAGCCUCUACUCGGGACUAGUGCGCACGGCUGCGUGAUGCCACAGCAGCAGGUACCUCUUUUCUUCUCCGAGUAUGUGACCACACUUGCCCCGCACGCUGACCGAGUUGGGUUCGUUGUGUCUACGAGUCCUGUAAUGGGCGCAGGGAAGAGCACCGCAUCUGUGCAGGAGACUGACGCCUACUACCUCACCACACCGACUGUGACAACGUUGCUGGUGGCGGAUGAGCAGGCGGAUUGUACGCGCUUUUACACAGUAGCCCCUAUGCCCAAUACGCGAUGUGAGCGACCUGCUGCGCACAUGCAGCACCAUCGGAAAGCGGAAAACGACACUGCAGAGGGGUGUGUGCCAGACCAAGUGCUCUCCUGUUUCUGCACCCCAGAGCCACCUGCGAUGGUGCAGCUGCGCUCAUUGUGUUGUAUCCGCAACACGCAUGCUCACCGUACGCUGCUCGCGAUGCCGUUUGACUCAUCCGCGCCGAGCAACGAGAAGAGGGCAACGCGAGCAUCGUCGAUGGUCACGCUCAUCCCUCCUGGCGAGGAGCGGGAGGUGACAGAGUUCUGUCCUCACACAAAGGAGCCUGAGAUACAGUUCUGCUACAGUACAAGUGGUGGCCAGGCUCCGGCGCACACGUGGUCACCACCCGUAAAGUUGCUCUCGCUUGCCAGGUUGACGCAGCCGCUUGUACUGAAGCACACAUGCGUCUCGUCUGACCUUCAGGGAGUGGAGACGGAUGCUCCGGCAGAGAUGUCGUGCUUCACCAUGAACCCAGUGCCUCGUCGCGCAGGUGAGAAAGCCACAUUGACGGUGGAGCACUUCCGUUGUCUCACUGUGCAGUCGAGCAUGACGAGCGCGUAUUUGUGUGUGACGGUUGGGUUGCAGGCCGCCCCGCCGGUAAAGAUUGUGAACCGUGUCAACACCACCUUGCAGUUUUCUCAGUGCGCUUUGACAAGAGACUCGGACCUUGCUUCGCCACUGACACAGCGUGGCACCAUAAGCACAGCCGUGUGCUCCCGCGCGGCGCGUCCUUGCAGCUACAUGGUGGCUGCUGAAACAAUGAGCUACGGCUGCUGGGAGGUGCCGACGCUAGAGGCGCCAGGGCUUCGGGUUACACUGCAUUCCAACGUUCGUAAAGGCUUCACUGCUAGCCAUGAUGUGGAUCUAUUGCGAUGUGCGACCUCGCCGUCGUCUGGGGCGCGAAUCGGCAACACUGACGCCUACGUCUACGUAAGCCUCGACCACCGACUGUGGCAGUACACAGUGACGGUGGCGCCAUCCCGGCAGCUUGAGAGCCGAAUGUUGUCCCAGCCUCGUCGACUCACGCAACUGGAGGUCUACGUGCACAGCUGCACUGUCUAUGUGGCUGCGAUUACAAUACCGACGGAGGGUCCGUUUGCACGCACGAGUCUCAUCGCGCACGGUGCACGAGGCCGUAUGCGACUGCGUCGUGGCGUGCGUAGUGGUGAGAGCACCAGUCGCGACACGGUGCCCCUCCACGCCACGGACGAGGACGUUCUCACAUUCCUCAAGGAGCAGGAGAUCGAUGUCGUUCUUGUGCGCGUCCUCGGGUUUUACGGCGCCACUACCAUAACGGAGCGUCACUUGAUGGGGAGUGCAUCGUUGGCUCUCUUGGAGGUGGUGGACUGUACUAGAGUAGAGGCUGCCUAUCCUGUCCUCCUCCGGGUUGGUCCGCGUGUUGGCAGCGGGUCAGUGGCCACCACGGAAGGAAGUGCUGCUGCGGAGCCCAGUGCCGAGGCUGAACGAGGGGGCGUCGGCACUGCGUUGUUGAUGCCACCGACAAGCGUGCCGCACUUUAAAGACCCUUCGUGGCUUGCGGUGGAGUUGCAGCUUACUCGCCCCGAGCAGGCUGCAGCCGCGGAUGAAAUUGUUCUGCUUCCUGUGCCACACCUACGCGUCACCGUGCCGCUCAUUGUAGUGAGCGCUGACGACGACUUUCUCUUCACCCUACGCACCACAGCAGAGCGACUCCGCAAGGACUGGGCGGCAGCAGCGCCUAUCGAGCUGGGCGGCUGUGGAUCUGAGUGGCGGGGCAGUCCUCUCUCCAAGGGCAGUGCUGUUGUGGCCGACUCGACGUCGCACUCUUCGCAUCGUGCGUACAGCAUGUUCGUGCGUACCUUGCGGAUUUCUCCGAUUGUGGCGGAGGUGACUUACACCCGUUGUGGUCGCCGGCGGUACAACCCAUUUCAAGGACUGGCGCAGAUCCCUGGACACCUCAUUCCCUCCUUCGAAGGCUUGCCCCUCUCUCUAAAGGAGGUGCGGCUACGAGAGGUGCAGCUGCGGUGGAGUCCGUCGCUCGUUCACGUCGCAAAGUCGUUUUUGUGGUCCCUCUACCGCACGGAGGUGCUGCUGCAGAGCUGCAAGGUUGUCGGCUCACUGGAUGUGCUUGGCAACCCCCGUGCGCUACUUGGGAGCUGGUCCCGCGGCGUGUGGAACCUGGUAACGAAUUCAUCGGGCCAGAGUCGAUGGACCGACACCCGUGAGUUCUUGCGCACCACCACGUCAUCGACACUGCACUCUGUUGGGGUACUGGCGCGCAGCAUCGGCAACCUAGCUGACACCUCACCCAGCACCGUCGCGCUAAGAGUGUCUUCUGGUAGUUCGCCAAAUUCUGCCAGCGGAUGUGCCGUGCUCGGGGCCUCGCAGCGUCGCGGCGUCCUUGGCGAGGUGCUGCACGAGGUUGGCGGUAGUCUCUCAGACGCCGUGACGAAGCCAAUCCGCGGUGCCCGUGAGAGCGGCGUCAGCGGUUUCUUCAGUGGCGUCGCCGCGGGCGUGGUUGGUCUCGCGGGCCGCCCGCUCUUCGGCUUCUUUCGAGGUGUCAGUGCCACGUCAGAGUUUUACGCGCGUCUUCUGGGUGGGUUGGGCGAGCUGACAGAGCACGAGGCACGCCAUCUGGGCCUGGAGCGCAACUACGUUGUUGUGUUCACCAGCACUAAGGGUGCACCAAUGUCGGAGACGACUGAGGGUGUGGAGUGGCAGCUUUCUAGCCCAGCUGCCGCGCCGCAGAUGAGCGACGUGUUGCGUGCCUCGUUGCGAAGUGGUCAGGGUAUUCUCACGCAUGUCAUGUACGAUAAGUUCUUCACAGACGUUUCACUGUGGCGUCGCGGGGAAGACGCCAAUGUGCGUCUCGCUGUGAACCGGGUCGGGAUCUACAACGCGGCUCUUCACACGCCGUACGUCGCCUUGUGCACCUUUUUGUCUCCAAACGAAUUUCGCUCCUCCCUGCCCUGUGCACUCACAGCCCUACUCACGGACAAACUCAUUAGUGUGCUCGCCCCAAACUCUAACGUUGACAGUGCCGGAGGAACUGUAGACGUUGACAAGUGGAGCGGCAUGGCGCAUGCCCAGUUCGCCGCAGGCGAAGGACAGGCGACACGGGCGCAGCUGGCAUGGGAAUUCAAGCGUGCGUCGCACAUCAAAGCCUCGCUUGGGGUGCAGGCGCUGCGCGCGUACGUGACAGACGAGGUGUUUGUGCGCGUCUGCUCUCUCGCUGAGAUGGACUCCUCCUUGACGACGACGGAGGCGCAGAAAAAAUACUCUCUGGUGCUGGCCAGGGCGAUGAGUGCCGCUGGUAAGCAUCUGCUAGCACCUUGA